AUGGAACGGACGAAACUGCAACCCAAUCUUACUAAAGCAGUGCUCAGAGCUACUCAGUUUCUCUUCCAGCUCCUAGAAGAAGCAAAAGAGCCAAUAGAUUUCUCAAAGCUGAAAGAACUUUAUCUCCCUUGCAUUGAUGGGAAGUUAUAUCCAUCAAACACUUUAGUAUUUAGUUUCUACCAAUCUGGCCAAGAACCCCCUGCUUUGAAAAACACACUUCGCUUUCUGGUUGAUCUCUCUGAAUGUUCCAUAUCAGUGGACAAGUAUAAGCAGUGGAAACUUCUGUGCUUCCUACCUGAAAACCUGCGCCCCAUGUAUUUCAAUAACAUAGUUGAAGAACAACUAGAAGAGUCUUCUCUGAAACUGUGUAUCUAUCAGGAACACUGUGAGUUUCGAAACAAUCUCAGAGAACUUCUGGUUUCUCUUGAAUUCCAGAAUGCGCUGAUUGCACUGCUGAAAUGGCAGAGUAAAACAGAGGAGAUAGAAGGCAUGAAUGAUGGACUCUUCUCUCCAGAUCAACUAGAAGUGGUGUGCUGUGAAAAGCUCUCCACUGUAAUGGUCUAUGACUUGCAACUUUUAGAAGGAACUCGGUGUGACAAGACAGUGCAUGCUGCAACAAUGCCAGAUGACAAGACAAAAAUGUACCUUAUUCACCAGGAAAACAUGACUCUGCAAGAUGGAGUACAUAUUUUCUCAGUUCUAACUCAAGAAGUUAAUAAGCUUUUGGGAGACAGACUUCAUCAUGAUGCUAUGGGGAUUCUCAUGGAGAUUUUGGUUUGCGAGGGACCUAAAGGCAUCGCUGCAGUUUUAGAGAAGCACAGAGUGCCCCUGUAUCAGCAGGCAAAACUAAAUGCUUAUGACCUUCCUCCUCCAGGAGAAGACAUCCCUGAGGAAUGGUAUGACAGCCUGGAUAUGAGCAUUCUGCAUACCUUUGUGAAGGGAGAUUAUGUGGGCUAUCUGGAUUCUACCCAGCCCAAAGAGCAUUACCUGUAUGCUGUUGUCCUUGAAAUACUUGAGUCAAAGAAGAAUGGUGCUGGUCAAAUACACAUAUAUCGCAUUGACUUGGGAGGUGGUCGGCAAGAAGAAGUGACUGCGUAUGACUUGUACCACUUCAAGAGAAAUAAGCCAGUCUCCGAUUCAAAUAAAACAGUAGUGCUGUCUGUAGGUUCCACUGAUGCUGCCCAAAUGGUAAGACCAGAUUUGAAUGACCAUUGGCACCAACGGCCACUGAGCGAGGUCAAGAAAGAGAUAGAUGAGUGCCUAGCUCAAGUUUGGAGACUUUCAGAAGAGGAGAAGAGGAAAGCCCUUAGAAGAUUAUAUCUGUGUUACCACCCAGAUAAAAAUCUUGGCCAAGAAGAUUCUGCUAACGAACUCUUCAAGUACCUUAAAGAAAAGAUCAAGGAGAUGGAGAAGGGAAUGUGGUCAAAUGGCUCCAAUGAAGGAUCCAAAAGUAGCAAUUCCCAUCGCAGAAACUUCUCAGACUGUUGGAGUGAAUGGGAUCAGCAAGCUCAUCAACAUCAACAGAGGCACUAUGAAUUUACCAGCCGAAGGCCGGCUGGAAGAAGUGGUGGUGGAGGAGGUGGUGGAGGAGGAGGAGGAGGAUGCAGCAAUUACAAUUUCUGGUCAUACCAUCAGUGUGGUCCAAACUCUUCAAGAUCACAACCAAAGCACUGUUUCCUAGAGGCAAAACGUUGGCUCCGUCAAGCAGAAUGCGAUUUGCAGGUAGCAGCCAGCAAUGCUGGAAAUGGCAGCACUGAAUGGCUGCUUUAUAUGGUUUUCCGGGCUAUGGAGAAGACUCUGACAGCAGUUGAGUACAACCAGGGAGGUGGCUUUGAGAGGAAUCUGUCUCUUGCAAAGCUGGCUGACAAGGCGGCAUCUUAUGGAUGUGAGCUGGCUAAACUCCCUGAGCAGAUAGCGCUGCUCAGGGAGCACGGCGUGGAUGACAAGAUUACACAGUAUCCCAAAUAUCACACUUUACCCACCAUUCCUCAUGAGGCCUUUUCUGACUGCAAAGAGCAGGAUGUGUUACUGUUAGCUUGGGAGAUCUUAAACAUGGUUAAGAGUUGGCUCGGCCUCUAAAUAAACCUGGAAAUAUUAAAAGCUGGGAGAGACCACUGUAUAUGUAAUGCAGCAAUGCCUGUAAAGACAUUUUGCAGAUAGAUGCUUUAAAAUGAGAAAGAUUGUUCUUUAGAAAAAAAUAGCCCCAUAAAACUUGUUUUCUUUGUAGAUGGUAAAAUGAUGUGUCUAUGAAAACAGCAUGUAUAUUCUUUAAUUCCUGACAUUCCAUUAUUUGUCUUUUAAUAAAUUGCUUUAAUAAACUUAGCUUUGUUAAGUAAUUAACAAAUUGUAUAUUUAUGGAGGGGAGCAAAGAGAAUUAUUACAGCCAUAGGUUCUGUUAUGUAUUAACAGUUGUGCCUUUAAAUAUUUGAGCGGGAAAUCAGCACGUUGCUGAUUGGACGAAGCCUCCAGCAGAACUGUAUAAAAGGAGAGGUUUUUGCCCCAGCCUGUUGCUGGGUUCACCCUAUAUUAAAGAGCUGUUGUCACUA